UCCAAUCAGAGAAAUCCACCGUCUUUGCCCAGCAGCAUCUCAAGACUGAACCGCCAUGAAGCUCUUUGCCAUUACGCUGGCCUUGGCCAUCUUUACAGGCUCCUGGGAUUCUGUCCUUGGCAAUGAGCCGAUUUCUAAGUUGGAGCAAUUAAUGCAGAACAUUGAUGAAUACUUCACAGACAUCAAAAGAGGCAUUGAGGAGCUAGUGGCCGUGGUCACUGAAUCAGAUCUUGCCCACGAGAUAAAGGAUUUCCUUGAUGAGGGCUAUUCAAACAUCAGCCAGCGUCAUCGGACGGUAGAUGACUUGCCAAGCGAGGUCAUAGAAAUCAUUAAGUUGGUUUUGGAUAUUCCAACAACAGUUGCCGGUAGUGUGCUUUUUAGUCAUUCAAAAGUCACCAACAGGGUGAGGGCUGUCAUGGAAGAAGUCUAUGAGAUGCUGGAACCUGUCGUGAGCCCCUUUGCCAAACCAGUGGAGGAUCAGGUGAGAACAUAUGCUGAUGCUCUCCGUACCAAAAUAGAGGAAUUAAUUGAAAAGCAGAAGGACAAACUGAAACUGCAGGUGGAAGAGCUGGAAACGAAGGUGGGCCCUUAUGUCAAGAACGUUCAGAACCAGUUGCGAGAAUUGUGGGUAGCCUUGCAACCUGUGGCGGAUAAGGUGUGGGAGAGGCUCAAAGAAGACGUGGAAAGCGCUACCAACUCCCUGAAGCCUUAUGUGGGCCCAGUUCUGGAGAAACUUGGAGAAUACCAUCAAGACUUCAAGAACUGGGUCAUAUCCUUUAUUUCUCCAAUAUUUUCUUAGAACAGAAACUAGCCAACCUCUGUAUGUCAGCAGCCGAGGACGUGGGGGCUUGAUAUGUUGUCUCUACAAUUCCGGAGGCAGGAGGGGGGAGAGUUCAAGCAUAUUUGUAAAUUUCCCUGAGAUCAUGUAAUAAAAAGAUGCCCCCAACAAUGAGUGCUGGGGGGCGGGGGGGCAGGAAGGGUA